AUAAAAUAAAAAGUGAGUUGUGCCUGGGGACUGCCUGACUGAGCGGUUUUCUUGGCGAGAAAGUUUUUUCGCGGCUCCAUCGUCUAUAUUCAUAUUUUUCGAGCUCUCCAUUUCCCCCCACACACCCUAAACCCGUCCAAGCCCUAAUUCAUCCCAACAACAAGCCAUGAGCCGUGGAAGUGGAGGAGGUUACGAUCGUCACAUUACUAUUUUCUCACCCGAGGGCCGCCUAUUUCAAGUCGAAUAUGCUUUCAAGGCUGUGAAAUCUGCUGGAACUACCUCGAUUGGUGUCAAAGGGAGGGAUUCUGUUUGCGUUGUGACUCAGAAGAAGGUCCCUGACAAACUUUUGGAUCAGACAAGUGUAACUCACCUUUUCUCCAUUACUAAGUAUCUGGGCUUGCUCGCAACUGGCAUUACAGCUGAUGCAAGAUCACUGGUUCAACAAGCAAGGAAUGAAGCAGCAGAGUUCCGUUUCCAAUAUGGCUACGAGAUGCCAGUGGAUGUAUUGGCUAAAUGGAUUGCUGAUAAAUCACAAGUCUACACCCAGCAUGCCUAUAUGAGACCACUUGGAGUUGUGGCAAUGGUUUUGGGGAUUGACGAUGAGUAUGGACCUCGUCUCUUUAAAUGUGAUCCUGCUGGUCAUUUCUUUGGUCACAAGGCCACUAGUGCUGGGCUUAAGGAGCAGGAGGCUAUUAAUUUCUUGGAAAAGAAAAUGAAGAACGAUCCUGCUUUUACUUAUGAUGAGACUGUGCAGACUGCAAUUUCUGCUCUUCAAUCAGUGCUGCAAGAAGACUUCAAGGCCACUGAGAUCGAGGUGGGAGUGGUUAGGUCGGAUAAUCCCAUCUUCAGAGUGUUGACCACCGAAGAAGUUGAUGAGCAUUUGACUGCCAUUAGUGAGCGAGAUUGAUCAAUGUGAUUAGUAUGAAGCUCCCUGGACAAGCAUAUCACCAACAUCCAUCGCCUUUAUUUCAGCUGUCAGUUAUCAGUGCGUUGUAUGCUCUAUAUAAUUCAAGCUCUCGAGGUAGUAUUUGCUUUUGAAUUGUUGUAGACACGGUGAUAAUUCCUAUUUUGUUUUACCAUUACCUCAAAGAACACUCUCCUUUAGAAUUUGUAUUUUCAGAGGAACUCAGUCAUGUUACAUUAUUUAACACAUAGAACAAAGUCUCUUUUGGCUAUAAACAUGAUGGGAAUGAGAUUGAAAGGUUUCUGGAUGGGUUGAAAA